UUUUGAUACACAUUCAAAAUAAGGAGACUGCAGCACAGAAUGCCGAUCACACGUUGGGCAUUCGAUAUCCGGCAAGCAUUGCUGUUGGAACACAUUGAGCCCUUGGUUACCUCGCUGGUAGAAGAUGAUAGCUCCAAUAUCGUUCCAGUAACAAACCUCUUAAACUUCUUGCAAGGCGAAGACUCGGACUAUUUACUUCGGUAUCGAAAUGACGAUGACAUUCGGCGCGCCUUGAUCGGUCGACUCAUGAUCCAUGCCUUCUUUGUCGCGCAUUAUGGUUGUCAAUGGGAGACAAUGGUCUUUUCUAGGUCCGCGACUAAUAAGCCCAUCUUGCUAGAGCCAGAACACCUUCGGAAUGUCAGCUUUAAUGUCUCACAUCAUGGAAACUGGGUCGUCUUCGUGGGAAGUACAUCUUUGGAAAGCAACGUCCGACUUGGCACUGAUGUCACGGACUUCAAGGAGCAGGUUCCAAUGGAGCCAUUUGACGCAUUUUUAUCAUGCUAUCGAGAUCAGUUCACUUUGAACGAGCUAUCGUUUGUGAAGAAUGCACCUUCAGAUCUCUUGGACUCUCAAAAUGCUAGCAACCAGCGUAGGCGGUUCUGCAGGGUCUGGUGUCUCAAAGAGUCUGUAGGCAAGGCAUUGGGUGUUGGCAUCGAUUACAAUCUUAGAUCAGUUGAGUUUUCAAUCCAUGAGGAGGAGGAGACUCAAAAGCCGAUACACUCCACAACAAUGCAAGUUCAUAGCCCAACACCGGACUUCCCAGGAGAUGGAUGGUCAUUCGAGGAAGCAUUGCUUGACGACGAGCACUGUUAUGCUGUUGCGGCGCAUUCAUCGGAUGUGGAUGAUAGUGAAUCAUUGAUGGACGGCUCUGAGAUUAAGCGCCUCGAUUGGAGGGAACUGCUCAAAGAUGCUGUUCCUUAUCCGCCUCAGUUUUCAUAGCCCUACAAUAAUGGCUUCCUUUGCCAAAUCAUCCGACCCCUACUGUGUACAGUAAAAUGCAU